AUGGGAUGGGUUCCCUUCCAUUUACCUGUUUGGCAGAAAGGGAAUUCUAAUGGACCAUUGCUGGAGUUUUUGCUGAGAAACUCCUAUUUUUGGUCCACUGUAAUUGAGGAUGAAAUUGAAGGAUCGGUUGGUUGUGAUUUUCAAGUGAACUACUACAGCAUUGACAAGGUCUUGUGGGAGCCCUUUUUGGAGCCUUGGAAAUUUCAGUUGAGUAUGAGUAGGAAGCAGGACGAGAACGCUCUCUUUAGUGGUGCUAUGAUGUCAGUCAUCAAUCUUGAAUCUAAGACGAAUCUCAAUUUGAAUCUAAACGAAUCCAUAAUUGAGGUCGUUUCGAGGGCAAAUGAGAUGAUCAAGGAUGCAUGGAGCUUUAUGGAGACAGAAAGUUCACAUAUCUCAAGUUUUGAAAUAAUGAAAGGUCCAGAGACGAGAAGAUAUGCUCCAUACAUGCUACAAAAUUUAACUACUGUGCCUCUUGUUUUUUGUGUUUGCCAAAGGAAACUUGGGGCUGAUGAUUUGGAUGUGUCUCCAUCGAAAGGUGUCCUGCAACCUGGUUCUUCUACUCUUGUUUACAUCAAUGAAUCACCCGAGGACCUACUUUUCCGCUAUAGACCAGUGCAGUCUUCUGAUAAACUCAAUGACAAGCAAUUACUUGAGGCAGCACAUAGAUAUGUUACUUUCCAACUGGAGGGUACCUCUGUACCUUCAGCCCCUAUUUCAAUGGAUCUUGUUGGCCGCAGAUACUUCGAGGUUGAAUUUUCCAAAUCAUCACAUGUUUCGGAAAUUUACAGUGAUGUAAAUUCUACGAAAAGACAUAAAAAAGUCGAAGGAGAUGGUGGGACAGAUGCAGUUAGAGGGUUUGGAAUUCCUGUAGUGAUUGACGUUUCUGUACAGCGGUUUACAAAAUUGAUGCGAUUAUAUUCAACAGUUGUAAUUUUAAAUUCAACUUCUUUGUUGCUUGAAGUCCGGUUUGAUAUUCCAUUUGGUAUUGCUCCAAAGAUUUUAGGCCCGAUAUAUCCUGGCCAAGAGUUUCCUCUCCCUCUUCAUCUGGCUGAAGCAGGCUGCAUUCGUUGCCGUCCUCUUGGCGAUUCACACCUAUGGAGUGAAGCUUAUAAUAUCUCAAGUAUUAUAAGUCAAGAUGUCAGGAUUGGAUUUUUGCGUUCUUUUGUUUGCUAUCCUUCUCAUCCUAGCAGUGACGCAUUUCGCUGUUGCAUUUCUGUGAAUGAUCAGUGCCUGCCUCCAGUUGGCAGAAUGAAAGGGUUAUAUUUGCCAGUUAAUGUUGAUAGGGGUAAACAAUCUCAUAAACUUCAUAAUCCAUCCUCCAACAGUUUGGAGAUACCAAGGAAUCGGUUUCUGUACCAAGUGAUGUUAACUAGCCCACUAGUGUUGAAAAACUAUCUCAUGAAAUCAAUGUCCGUGACAUUGGAAGAUGCUGGUGUUUCACGUACUGCCUUUCUUUCUGAGAUUGAGACUUCUUUCUAUCAUAUUGAUUCUUCCCAUGAUCUGUCGAUAACAUUCCACAUGCAUGGAUUUAAGCCUUCAACUCUGAAGUAUCUCCGUGCUGAAUCAUUUAGUGAAAAAGCUAAAUUCAGUGGAACUAAGUUCUCAAUUUCUGAAAUUAUCAAAUUUCGAUCCCGAUUCUUCCGAUGGUCCAUUAUAUGUUACAAUGGAGAAGCACUCUCAACCUCUGUCAAUGAAAUGAAAGAACAUAACUGUGUCAUUCCCUCGUGCUAUAAUUUGGAUGAGCUGAAUGUACUUGUUCAGAAGAAAGACGGUCUUGGUCUUAUCUGUACUGAUCAGAAAUUACCUUCUAAAGGUUCUACCAGUGGAACAGAUUCAAGUUCACCUGAUUUUGCAGAAAUUGAUAGUAGAAAGGUCAAUGCUUGCUUGUUUUCUCCUGAUCCUCAUUUAUAUUCAGGGGAAGUUAUGGUGAAGCUAAGUAGGUACCUGCCUUCUGUUAUGGAAAAUUUUCCAAAGCUUUCAUGGUCAACCCCAUUUUCACUAGUCCCAUCAACUGGGUCAACCAGUGUUCUUGUUCCUCAACCAUCCAUAGCAUCUGGCUAUGUCUUAUCCGUUUCAGCUACGACUGCAUCAUUUUCUGGAAGGACAAAAAUGAUAACUUUCCAACCCAGAUACGUGAUUGCUAAUGCAUGCUCUAAGAAUUUAUGUUACAAGCAGAAGGGAACUGAUUCUCCUUUUGUUUUGGGAGCUGGAAAACAUUCCCAUAUCCGGUGGAUGGAUACAACAAG